UGCCCUAUCCGAGAUCCUUCUCCCCUUUCUUUCUUUUGCGUCAAUCAACGUGCGACAAUAGUCGCGCGCAAAUGGUGACGCUGACCCGUUUUACCCAUGCGAUCAAUUCGACGCUCGUCGAAUUCACGGCACAGGCCGCAAAUAUUGAUCAAAGCGUCGACUCGACUGCCGACAGUGCGUCCAUAGUGAUCGCGGUAGUUAUGUGCGGAGGAAUUGUCACACGAGCGUCGCGCACACAGAAAUCGCUGGGUUUUUUACUGCUGAUCUUCUCGAUCGCUCGCUUGCCGCUGUUGCGACACGUCGAUGCGAAGAUUCUUCACGGUGACCUGGUGACGAGCGAAGUAAUUGCAAACGGAACGUUCAAGUGGGCAUUCGUCGCGAGAUUCUGUUUCCUGACGGAACGCGGCACGUUUCGUUAUCACUUUCGACUGGGCGGCGAGGAGCGCGACUUGAAUCUCCUGCUGUACUACGAUGCGGCUCACCAAUGGCCCAGCGUCUAUCCGUCCAGUAAGACGUGCAGAGAGAAGGAGAGUAUCCUCGAUGUUGACCACGGUCAGAUAAUACCGCUGAAUACGUCGAUGCGACUGUCGUCGGGUUGCGCGCGGGGUGACGACGGUAUCGUUCGAUGCGACAGUCAGAGGAGAUUCAUCUCGGCACGGCCGAGAUGGUGGUUCGUGGCUCUGGCCGACUGUUCCUCCGAGGACGGUUUAAACGUCACCUACUGGAUGUCGUUGACCAACGCGCCGCCCGGCACAUUUUGGAAGGAGCAUUUUUCCGCGGACGAAUUCUACAUACUGCCGGUGCUGAUAACGACCGCCUGUGUCUACGUGAUACUGCUGACGCUCAGUUUCCACAUUGCUCUGCAACUACGUUCCAGAAGGCUGCUGCAUAUAUCCUACAAGUUGUUUAUGGCCUCUCUGCUGUGUCAGUUACUGGGCGCGCUGUGCGAGAUCUACAGUUACGUUAAUCUCGGCCUGAGAGGAGUGCCCGCGGCGAACGCAUAUUUGCUGGGUCAGCUUGCCGAGGCGUGCUCCGAGACUCUCUACACGGUGCUGAUGCUGCUGCUCGCGCUUGGUUACACGGUCACCAAGAGCGUCCUGACGACGUCGCAAGUACGAUGGCUCGUCCUGUUUGUCGGCGCUACCGCCUUCUUGCAAAUGACGCUGUACAUCUACGAGUUCGAAAUAUUUGAUCCGGGACUGGUGCUGUAUAUUUACGAGUCACCGCCGGGCUACGGACUGAUAGCGCUUAAGCUGAUCGCCUGGUUCGUGUUUAUCACUCGUUGCUGCAAGACCAUCAGGAAGCUGAACACAAAGCUUCAUUUUUAUGCAUCGCUUCUCUCCCUGGGAUCGGCGUGGUUCCUCUGUCAUCCGUUAACGGUACUGACCGUCACGAUAUUCGUGGACCAAUGGGUGAGGGAGAGCGUCGCCAAGGGAAGUUCCCUUUGGAUUGUCUUCUUGGGUCACGUAACGUUUUUAUAUGUAACACGACCGUCCGUGAACAACAAACGUUUUCCAUUCCACAUUAGAACAUGCCAAGUCGUGCCUAUAGGCGGCCGAGGGCAGGAUCACGGCUACGAACCUGGUCCUCGAACUGCAGUUACAGCAUUUACCAUCGCACGGACACCAGCUUAUCUUAGUCAAUCGCACUGAAAGUACUGUGAACGAAAGGAAGAAACAAAUGUGCAAGAAAUCUGGGAGAAUCUAUAUAGAAAAGUGCAACUAUACCAGUGGCGAUGCAUCGUUACUCAAGCGGCACAAGAAGCAAUUUUUCUAAUACCAAAAUAUUUUUCUACUACUGUAUACACGAUACGGCGCGUAUGUUUACAUGACGCAGCGCAGCUCUGCAUCAUGUACGUACGUGAACGUACGUUACGCGAAUCUCUUUACGAUUAUUCCCUUCUCACAAAAGUAUUUAUAAUAAAGUACAAAAUGCCA